UGAAGACAAGAGGAGAUACACAUGCAAUUCCAGUAUAUAUCUAUAUCCCUAUCCCAGCAACUGUUAAUCCAAAACAUAGCAUAUCAUAUCAUAUCAUCUUUCUCAUAGCUCAAACAGCACAACCUCGGACCCAGAUUAUUAUUACAUUACAUGGCUUGUUCCACCAUUCACUUCAACCUUAAUCUCCCUUUUCCCUCCGAUUCAGCGCCAAUUUCGUCCACAUGCCACUCUCCCUCUCGCGUCUUUCUCUCGCUCUCUCUCUUCACAACACCAAAGAUCGCUUAUUCCAGUGCUUCGAGACGCACGUGUGGUGUGGUGUGCUCUCAGAUGACCAUGGAGGAGAAGCCACUUUCGGAGAACAGAAUGCUUGUGUAUGUGCCUCCACAUCCGUUGAUCAAGCACUGGGUUUCAGUUCUUCGGAACGAGCAAACUCCUUGUCCCAUCUUCAGAAAUGCAAUGGCUGAGCUGGGAAGGCUACUCAUGUAUGAAGCUUCAAGGGAUUGGUUGCCCACUGUUUCUGGAGAGAUUCAAUCACCAAUGGGUGUAGCCUCUGUGGAAUUCAUUGAUCCAAGGGAGCCUGUGGCUGUAAUUCCAAUCUUGAGAGCAGGUCUUGCUCUUGCUGAACAUGCUUCAUCGAUCUUGCCUGCAACAAAAACAUAUCAUCUUGGAAUAAGCAGAGAUGAGGAAACUCUUCAGCCAACUAUAUAUUUGAACAAGUUACCUGAGAAAUUUCCAGAAGGAUCUAAAGUUUUUGUGGUUGAUCCUAUGCUGGCUACAGGUGGUACUAUAGUGGCUGCCCUGCAUCUUUUAAAGGAACGUGGAGUUGGCAACAAGCAGAUUAAAGUGAUAUCUGCUGUCUCUGCCCCUCCAGCUCUUCAGAAACUUAGCGAGCAGUUCCCUGGGCUUCAUGUGUACACCGGAAUAAUUGAUCCCGAAAUAAAUGAAAAAGGGUUCAUAAUUCCUGGCCUUGGAGAUGCUGGGGAUCGCAGUUUUGGUACAGAUACAUGAAAUACACCAUCCUUUGGUGCCAUAUCUUUUAAUUUUCAGCCCCAAAAUUUGUCAUUGUUUUUCUUAUGGAUGCUGAACUUCCAAUAUCAUUUGAUCAGUGGCAGCCUUCGGGGUUACAUUUCAUAGGUGUUGAACAUUAUUCUUAUUCUUAUUAUAUGAAUUAUUACUUAGGCAUUGAAACUCUUGACUUCAAAAUUGGCAAUUAUCUCAAUUGAGUAUGAUGAUAGUAUCAAUCUUUUUUAUCAUAUAGAAUUAAUAUAACUGAUUGUUAUAUUAAUUUACUU